AGUAGGUUCAUCCACACAUCGAUUUGGAAGCCCUACGUGUUCGAAAAAUAAAAUUCCGUUUUUAUAAAAUACCCAUAAAUAUAUGUAUUAUAUUACGUUAAAUAUAUCUAUACAUACAUUUAAGAAAAGUAACGCUAAAAAUCUAAAUAAUGAAGUUCGACGUUUAAGUAUCGAUAAAUAAAAUUAACAAAAAAGUAAAAUUAAAAAAAAAACGGAGUUUGAAUAAUAAUUAACGCGAGUGUUUUUAUAAUGUGUGUGACGGACUUAAGUGCUGGUUUAUGUUUUAUUUAAAGUGAUACGAUAUAUCGAUUAAUAUGGUGAUUUAAAAUAUAUAUAGAUACACAUAAAUCUAUAUAUAUACAUAUAUAUCAUCUACAAACUGGCAUAAAAACCGGUUGACGUUUAUUUAGCAGAGGCUAUUGGUUAUGCGGUGGUUCUGGACACCGUCAGCCCCCGAUCAACCCUCGAUUCAAAAUUUUAUCAACGACAGACCAGAGGGAAUAAGAACAAAACGUGAAUGUUUUUAUCAUGGAGUUGACUGCAUUGCGAUCGACGGCGUAACGGCUUGUUUGACGCAAAGACAAACGGGGUAUAGCAAAACCAACAUAAGAAGAGUCGUGAAUAAUAACAAUAAUAAAUAAUAAAAGAUAAAAAAAAUAAUAAAAACGCAAUUACCGUAGCCUUGAUAAAGAAGAGAGAGUUUCAAUUGUGUCUGUGGUCCUUUCGUGACUCCCCUUCUUUUAUUCUUUACGUUUUGAUCUUUGUUUCAUUGUUUCCUUCCGCCACUCUCUCUUUAUCUCUCUCUAUCUCUCGUGCUCAGUGAGUUUUUUAAGUUAUUUUUUCUCUAUUUUUUCCCCUCGCCGCGUGGUGUUACUGUAUACUAAACUCUUUAUCCUCAUCGUCGUCGACGGCGAGUAUCGUCGAGCAACGCGCAGAACCCCGUGCGCAUUCGCGAUCGCGCAAUUCGCGGCCCUCUGGCGCAACUCAAAGUAACUCACUGGUUGUCGUCGUCGUGCGACCGCCGUCGUCUACGUCGUCGUCAUCGUCGUCGCCGUCGUUCACUUGCGGCCGCGGCCGUUGUCCGCCGCAGACUCAUGAGUAACUGAGUCAGUCGGUUAUUUCGUGUUAUCAAUGUGCUAAUAAUUAAAGUGAAGUGAUUAAAUUUUAAUUAAUUAAUUAAAUAUUAAUAUAAAUAAAUAUAUUAUUUAAACGAUUUGAUAAAACUAACCGGGAUUAUCUGUGAAGUGUUAAAGGAUAAAAAAGUGAAUUUAUGAAAACAAAUAAGUGAUAAAAAAAAAUAAUAGUAAAAAAUAUUAAAUUACAAUAAAUAAAAGAGUGAUAAGUAUGAACGCGCGCCGGACGUACGUUGCUACGAGCGACCUCUCGUACGUCGCGACGGACGCACUCGUCGAGUGAGAAGACCGGAAUCCACGCGCGCAUCGUCACCCAGAGGCACGCGUGACUCUUCGUUGUGCACGCGCACGCGCGUUCAACGUUUCCUUGUCCCACCACCCACCAUCUAAUCCACCUCAUCCACCCUCGCUUUUCCCUACCUAUUUAUCCCGCACACGUUUCCUUCCGUUUUAUUACUCUUUCUCUUAUUCUCUUAUUCUUUGUCUCCCACCCACUCCCGCCCUCACCCUCACACUCAUACUUAGACUCACACAUUAAAAUCUCCCUUUAUUCCUUUUUCUUGUGUCCCCUUCAUUUAUAUCCACCCACAAUAUCCACAAACGCACGCAAGUGCGUGCGACGCAUCCUCUUAUUCCCCUCGCAUCCUGAUUCGCGUCCGUCAGGCACGUGACUACUGGUCGCGAUGCGGCCGGCCGUUGUGCAACUUUUUCUCUCAUGUUGGGCCGUUGCCAUGCUCGGCUUUGCCAUUGCCGCGUGGCAGGAAAAUAUUAGACCCAAGAUGUAUGUUCAACUUGGUGCUGAAGAUGUAUUCAGGUUUACUGGAAAUGAAACGCACACGGACUUUUUCCGGCUGGUGCUACGAGAUGGAAACUACCUCCUUGUUGGCGGACGGAAUCUAGUACACAAUUUAAGUUUGACAGACUUGACAGAACAGCAGAGGCUAACGUGGUACUCAUCGGAAAUAGAUGUUAAAAUGUGUGUAGUGAAAGGAAAAGAUGAGGAAAAUUGUCAGAACUAUGUGAGGAUACUAGCGAAAACAAGCGAAUCAAAUCUUUUAGUGUGUGCAACAAAUGCAUUUAAGCCAAUGUGCCGUGACUACAUUGUACACAGUGGAAAUUAUACGAUGGCAAGUGAGAAGGCGGGUCAAGCAUUGUGUCCAUAUGAUCCACAGCAAAAUAGUACAUUUGUGUAUGUCGGCGGUGAAUUGUACACGGGCACUGUUGCUGACUUUUCAGGGAUGGACCCCAUUAUUUACAGAGAGCCAUUGCAAACUGAACAGUAUGACUCAAUGAGUCUAAAUGCUCCAAAUUUUGUCAAUUCAAUGACUCAAGGUGACUUUGUUUAUUUUUUCUUCCGAGAGACAGCCGUCGAAUACAUUAAUUGUGGAAAGGCUGUUUAUUCACGAGUUGCAAGAGUUUGUAAAUAUGAUCGCGGUGGUCCACAUCGUUUUCGAAAUAGAUGGACAUCAUUUCUCAAGUCUCGCCUCAAUUGUUCUGUUACUGGAGAUUUUCCAUUUUACUUCAAUGAAAUACAAUCAACAACUGAUUUAAUAUCCGGUCAAUACGGUAGUGUAUCAGCGCAAUUGAUCUACGGAGCGUUUACAACACCAGUAAACAGUAUAAGCGGUUCGGCAGUCUGUGCAUUUUCACUGCAAGACAUCUCCGACACGUUUGAAGGCAACUUCAAAGAACAGACGGCGAUAAAUGCCAAUUGGCUGCCGGUCGCCAGUGCCAAAGUACCGGAUCCAAGACCUGGACAGUGUGUCAAUGACUCUAGAACACUGCCAGAUCUUACAUUGAACUUUAUUAAAACUCAUUCGCUGAUGGACGAAUCCGUGCCAAGUUUCUUCGGCCAGCCCAUUGUUAUUCGUACAAGUUUUCAUUAUAGAUUCACUCAGAUAGCAGUGGACCCACAAGUAAAAACUCCCGGUGGAAAAACAUACGACGUAUUAUUUAUCGGUACAGAUAACGGUAAAGUUAUAAAAGCGAUAAAUGCUGAUUCCGCGGACUCACAUGAGCGGGUGAGUCCGGUUGUGAUUGAGGAGAUCCAGGCUUUUCCAACUUCGGUGCCAGUCCGUGGAAUAAAAGUCGUACGAGCGUCUCAGGCCGGUGAUGGUCUCGAAGACGGACGUCUGGUGGUAGUGGCUGACAGUCAAGUCCAGGCAUUAAGAUUGCAUCGUUGUUACAGUGACAGAAUACUGUCGUGUGGUGAAUGUGUCGCUCUACAGGAUCCUUACUGUGCUUGGGAUAAAGAGGAAGGAAAAUGUCGAGCACUAGUUGGACCAGCGGCUACCGACGCUGCGAGAUUUCUUCAAAGUGUUGCCACUGGAAUUCAUGCUUCCUGUCCACCCAGUAAAUCACUGAGCAAAGAUGCCGGCAGUGUCGGAGCCAUUUCGGCAAAUCAAAAUAAAUUCCCUCAGGACUCGCUGCCCAACAAAGACGGGCAGGAGGGUGAAAUAAUUAAUAUAAUGCAAGAUGAAGAGCCAAAUAAUUCAGGACCAGAAGUAUCAGCGGCAGACUCACCGUUGCCUCAAUAUUCAGUGGAAACUCUGGUGAUGGCAGUUGUUGCUGGUGCGCUGGCGGCAUUAUUCGUCGGUUUUAUAGCCGGGUAUUUGUGUGGUCGCAAAUGCCGGAAGGAUGAGGAUGACAAUUUACCCUAUCCCGACACCGAGUACGAGUACUUUGAGCAACGUCAGAAUGUUAAUAGUAGAUUAGCGCCAGAACCAAAAUUGUUGCCUCAAGAAGAAGUGACGUACGCAGAGCCAGUGCUGAUGCCGCAGCCUCCAAAAAUGCAUUCACCGAAAGGUACAAUGAGAAAACCACCGCCAACACCCGCCGAGACGCUGUUCCAGUUUCCCGAAGCGUAUGGAUUUCGCGGUGGCCCGCGCGACAAUUUCGGAACACUGAGAUCGUGUCAGGGCACCGACGCAUACCGACGUAACGACGGUUUCGCAACGACACGUAGCGUUAAGAAAGUUUAUCUCUGAGAAACGAGUGAGGAGGGAGGCGGCCGUCACCGUAGUUUAGGUCGGCCAGGAAGAAAUCGUCACAAUGCGACUUCUGGUCGAAAUCGCGGCGUUAAUUCCGGUGGUGGACAAUCGAGUCGCGGGGAAUUGGCUGGUGCAAGGACACUUGAGUCACCUUCCCCGCCGUCCAGUGUCUCGUCAAGUUCGCCAUCGCCUCCCUCCUCAACGCCAUCGCCACCGCCAACGUUAUUACCCAUGUCUAUUAACGACGGGUCUCCGCCACCGCCAACACCACCCUGCAGUUUUAUAUACCGAUCAUAGUCUUCGCGUAACGGUACUAAUAUAUACGAUUAUUGUCCAGCACAAACUCGUAACAUUUAAUAAUAUUUAUCACCGUUACUCGAUCUAUAAAUAUAAAUAUAUAUAUAUAUACAUAAUGCACCUACAUCAAUUUAUAUCUAUAUAUAUAUUUAUACAUGUUUUCACCAUACAGGAAAAACAGGAGGAUUAAUAACGACAGCGGAAGCUGCAGAAUCACCCAGUCACGGGUUUUUAAUUAUUUUAUUUUAUUACUAUUUUUACUUUAAAUUUUUUUCCCCAUUAACUCGUGCGCUGUUUAAUUGACAAAGACUCAUAUAUAUGUUGGACUUACUGCGGGUUUAUUUGUGCGUGUAGGUGUGUGUGUGUGUGUCAGAGAAUGCUGUAUAGCUUAAUGAUGUGUGCGUGUGAGUUUAAUGUAUCGUACAGACAUUGAGUGUCGUGCAUGCUUUAAAUUACAGCUGGUGUGUAUUUACACUACGGGGAAACUAAUAUUUUUUAUCGAGAUGUCUGACUGACGUUACGCGUUACUCGGUCAAUUGUACAACGCUACCACUCACUGUAAGACCUAUAGCGUUAUUUUAUUUUAAAACCUGGCUAUUUUUAUUAUUUUUUAAACAAUUAUUUUGCCGGUGAUUAACUAAAGAUCUCUAUUUAUAUUAUUUUAUAUUUUAUACUUAAAUAUUUAAGUAACUGAUUAAGUAAAUUUACCUCGUGCUAAUCAAUUUAGUUUUUUUAUUUUACUAAAUGAUAUUAUCAAGGCUUGAUGUUGAUAAUAAAAUGACAAUUAAUAUCACUAUUACUGAAACAAUUUAAAAAAUAUAAACAUAAUUAAACAAUUAACAAAGUGUGUUCGCGGGUUGUGUCGUGACUUUGACUGAUUAAAAAAAAAUAUAACGAAAAAAAAUCUUUGUCGACAAGCGUCUUUUUUUGCUUAUCAACAAAUCAGUUAGUUUAAUCAAUAGAAAAAAAAUUAAAUUUAAUGACUAAAUAAUUUAUAAUAAUAGUUUGUAAGUUGGUAAAAAAUUUUUUGACGCUACAUAAUUAGGAGUAAAAUAAUUUUUAAAAAUAUUAAUGUUUAUUACAAUAAAAUGAAAUAGUAUUUCAUGAUCUCCAUUUAUUUUAUUUAUUUAAUUUUUUAUUAUUGCACUGUAAAAAAUCGGGAGUGAGUUAGGAGUGAUUAUGGAUUUUAUUUAAAUUCAAAUUCACUCCGCCGGACUUAAAAAAAAAUUACUCCGUAAGUUGACACAUGUCAUUUUCGGAUGGAUUCCCAUAUGGUUUUAAAGGAAUUCGAGAUAGACGCGACAUGGGUUUCUAUGGAAAUCCACUCCAUGCCAAAUUCAUAUGGGAAUCAAGUAUAGAUUUUUACCUCGACUUCCCAUGGGAAUUCGUAACAUGUCAAAGUUCAUAUGGAAAUUUUGUAUGGAGUAGAAAUUGAAAAAAUUAACAAAAAGUGUCACGUUAUUGAUGCAAAUACCAUAAUAAGUAUCGACCUUCUAUAUGGGAAAUCAGGUACCGACAAUUUCCUAUAGAUUUUCCAUAUGGGAAUUCAGAGUCCCAUGAUUUCCUAUAGGAGUCCAACAGAGAUUCUGACAUGGGUUCUUAUGGAAAUCCAUACCAUGCCAAUUUUAUAUGGGAGUCAAAUAUGGAUUCCCAUGUAGGUUUUUACCGUGACUUCCCAUGGGAAUCUGCACGAUGUCAAAGUCCAUAUGGGAAUUUUUUAUGGACUAGAAAUUAGAAAAAUUAAAAAAAAACGUCACUUUAUUGAUUCAAAUACCAUAAAAAGUAUCAAGUUCCUAUCGGAAUCCAGAUACUAACGAUUUCCUAUAGAUUUCCAAUAUGGGAAUCCAGAUACCCAUGGAUUCUUAUAUAAAUCUAUACACUCCUAUAUUAAUUCCUAUGGAUUCUUACAUAAAUCCAUACUUUUCUAUAUGAAUUCCUAUGGAUUCCUAUGCAAACCCCCAUAGAUUUUUUUGAUAAAAGCAAUUUGAAUCCACAUUCACUCUGAUUCGGAGUUUUAAUAUUUAAAUCAACUCUCCUUCUGAGUACAUUUCACUCCGGAUUUAAUCCGCAUUCACUCCGUUAAUUUUUUACAGUGAAUUUAUCCUCAUUUUAAAUUAUCACGUCAUAUUUUAUUCACUUGACUAAAUCUUACUACAUAUGGUAUGAAAAUAAAGCGGCAAUAAAUCGCUGUAAUAAAAAAGAAAAAAAAUUUUAAUGCACAUCCGUUGGCAAUAAAGUCAAUAAGUCAAUUACACGCAUUAUUUUUGCUUAUGACGAUAUUUGUCGUCGGACUUAUUGUCGUGUUAUUGAAUAGACAACAACGCUAGUCUUUGUAUCCAAUUAAAUUCACUGUCAUAAAUAAAUAAAUGCGAAAAAAAAAAACAAAUACUAAAUACUCGUCAAUAAUACCAAAUAUAUAGAGAAUAAAAGCCUGAUUUAUUUUUAUAUUAAUUAAAUUGUUUAAUAUUUGAAGAUGAAAUUUUUUAUACGAACAAAAAUAAUAAAUAAUAAUGGAGGUCAUGAUUUUAUUUAAAUAUUAAGUUAUAAUUGCUAUUAUUAAUAUUAUUAUUAUUAUAAUUAUAAUAAAUAAUUGCGAAUAAUACAUAAAUUAUAAAACAGUGUUAAUUAAUUUAAAUAAAACGUAGACUGCGCCGUUCAAGUUGAGAACACAUGAUGACUUGUUAAUUAAAAUCAACAGUUGAGUUUUAGUUUUGUGAAUUACAAAAACUGAUUAAAUAAUUAAUAAUAUAUUAGUUUAAAUAUACGCCUUUGUACUCGCAAAUACGUAAUGACAAUUAAUUCGAAUGAUGAGAAAAAAAACUAAACAGGAAUUUAAAUUAAUACCAAAAAUGAUUAAAAGGAUUAACAAUAAGAGAUUGGGAUAAAGAGUAAGAGUAAGAGUAAGAAUAGGAGUAGGUGUAGAAGGUGGAAAAAAAGGCUUUUAUGUAUAUAAUUACAUAUUUAAACAGUAAUGGCAGUUAAAGUUAUGUAUGAAUGGUAAAUUAAUAUCCCUACUGGAUCCGAAUUAUGGUAAAUUACGGUAUUUACCGUAAAUUAUUGUACUUUGCCGCAAAAUACCAGAUUGCUACGGCAAAUUUGACGCAUUUUACGGUAAUUUAUAUUAGUGUACGGUAAGUUGCGGUAAGUUACUGUAAAUGAUGACAAUUAACCCGAACCUACGGCAAUUUUACCGUAAAACAGUACAAUACUUCACUCUACGGUAAAAUUCCAUACUUUCACUCUAAAAUAUCGCAGGGUUGCUGUAAAUUUACGAUAAAUUUCCGGACUUUCGGGUAAAAUACCGUAGUUUUGUUGAAAAUCUGCAUGUCUACGAUGAAGUGCCGUAAUUUUACUGCACCUUUACCGUUAAAUAUUUGAGGAUUGUCACUAAUUUUCGAUAAAUUACUGCAUCUUUACCUUAAAUGCCCCAAUUACCGUAAAGUACCGCAAUCAACUCUAAUUUGCGAAAUUUUUACCGUAAAAUAGUACAACACUCUACGGUAAAAUUCCGUAAUUUUGCAUUAAAUUCGCACAUUUACGAUAAAACGCCGCAAUUUUACUGCACUUUUACGGUAAACUAAACUUUUACCGUAACAAUGCCGUAAUUUAUCGUCAAAUACUGAAAUUUAUUGUAAAAUACUGUAUUUUACUACAAUUCUUCCGAAUACCAUAAAUUUAGGUAAUUACUGUAAUUUACCGUAAUUGAGAUCCACUAGGAAUACUAAGUAAGCGAUAAUUAAUUAAAAUCAGUGCAUCUAUUUGCGAGAAAAGCCUGAUGGCGUGUGUAGAAAAAAAACAGAAAUCUAUCGUAAAGUGCUUCUUAUUUCAGUGUGUUUAGAAGUAACGCGUAUGUGAUAUAUUCUAUAUAUAUAUAUUAUGAUUAUGACUAUGAGGAUAAUGAUUACGAUGAGAUAUUUUCUAGACAAUGGGUUAAGAUAGGAAUGGAAGUCGUGGGUGUCUUUACUAUUAAAUUUAAUUAACUAAUUAUUAAAUAAUAAUAAUAAUAAUAAUAAUAAUAAUAACAACAAAUAAAUAAUGCUCUCUCUCUACACACGCAAUAACAAGCUCUUUUGUUCACAAAUAAAAUCCAAACGUUAAUAGUAAUAAUGAUAAUAAUAAUAAUUAUAAUAAUUAUUAAUUAAUAUUAACGUAAUUGUAGUUAGACGUUGAGGAUUUUAAAAAUAAAUUGUGCCAUUUGCACGUUAAUAAAACGUGUACAUGUUGUGUAACUUUUAAAAAUACCAAUUUGUAAAACAAUUUGAGUAUUUGGUUUUCCAUAAAUAUAAAUUAGUCGUGAUAAUAAUGAUUUAAUCUUUAAGUAGUUUGUGUGGGCGUACUUGUAACUCUUAAAUUAUAUAUAUAUGUUAAUUUAUUACCGUACUAAUUAUAUUAAAUAGUAGUUUGUAAUUUACGAUUACAACAAUCGUAUUAAAACCA